GUGUGUGCAAUUGUAAGAUAAUGAGUGUAAUUACGAAAUCGAUCGAGGCUUUGUUCGUCGUGGCCGUAAUCUUGGGAGCUGUGGCCUACGAUCCCAACGAUCCUAAGAUAGCGGAGUGCUGCCUUCCGCCCGAAGGGAUGUUCGAGGCUUUUUAUCCGCGGGAGGUGGAGGGGAUCCCCAACAGCGCCUCGCGUCCCGCUCACGGACACGGAAGCUUCUUUAAGCACCGCAAUCCAGCACUGGUGGACACCAAAAACGCCGCAGCCUAUGGAUAUAGGUUUGAUGGAAAGCGACGCUUCAAUUACGACUAAAUCCUAAAAAUAAAUUUGAUAUCGAAAAAAAUAUGUUUUGAGUGUUUCCAUUGCGGAUACGUAGCUAAAAUCGGAACAUUCCUUUGGGAAUCUGG